AUGAACAGCGAAGUGACACGAAACAAGGCAUGCUACGAAGAACAGUCACGUACAGCUCGACAUGAGGAGAAGAAGCGACACGAGCAGGAGAUCAGCAGUCUUAAACAGCAGCUAGCUGAGGAACACUGGAAAUGGGAUGCCUAUUUACGGGAAGUGAAAGACACCUACGAAACUCGCAUUACAAAACUAGAGGCGAGCUUUAACGAGCAGAUGGCAACCGAGUCGGAGAAACAUAGCGAGCAAAUGCGACAAGAGAUGGAGAGACAUGAGGGAUCUGUGAAAACGUAUCAGUCGAACAUUGCUCAGUUGAAGAUUGACGCGGAACACGAAGAACAGCGAUUGCGCGAACAACUACAAACGGAGCAAGAGAAACUUCAAGAAGAACAAAAGCGACGUGAGAAGGAGCUCAAAAGGCAGGAAGCCCAACUGACCCACAAGCAUACGCACGAAACAUUGCAGCUUCGUACCGUGAACGAAGAGCUGAAACAGGGGUUAUUUCAGCGGCAGCAUUUCAGAGGCCUGAAAGACCGUGAUGUAGGCAAUUUGUUCCGCAGUAUCGCAGGUCAAGUGCAAGACUUCGCAAACGUAGAUUGGGACAGUACUCGUACCUCAGACUGGCCUUUCAGCGAACACCAGCUGCUCGACAUCCACCGUCAAAACACGCGAAAACUCAAGAAGCAGAUUGUCCAAAACACUGUCUGGGUCCUACUGCAUGAUCGGAUUUUCGCCAGUCCUUUCAAAAUCCUGGGGUCGGAAGGAGAAGUCCUGGACCGUGAGUGGGUAGAAAUCCAUACACCCAGUAAGUCCUGGAUUGUCGCUAUCCCACACAUUUGGACUAAUAGGCUGCAAGACACUUCCAGUCUCGAGUGGCCCGAGAUACCAGAAGAAACCGAGAAAAGACGGUACGAGACGGCCAAGCUGUUCUUAGCGUGUAUGGAACCAUCUACUCGGCCUUCAGGAGACGAUCUGCGGCUCAAAAACGGCUACGAAAGAUCCAUUUCGGAGUUACUCGACACUCUACACCAUGCUCUAGGGAAGGUAGCUACACUCCAAAACAGGCAGGCCAACAUGCUGGAAAGUCUCGUGAGACUGUGUGCAAAGACCUGGAUAGAAUUCUGUUCGCAGCCUUAUAGGUUGAUUGCGAGCUUACCCGAAGGAAGUGGAGAUCUGCUUUCACUGCCCAAGCUGAGAGAGCGCGCUCUCACGUUAGUUCUUAGCCCGGAGUUGAAGCGGUAUGGGAAUUCGAAAGGCGAGCACCUCACUAACGGAGAGAUGAUUCCGGGCUGCCAGGCCGCGAAAGUAUCUUAUUCUGUUCGAUAG